AUGGCGGACCAGAAGAUCAGUGUCCCCGCCAAACUCAUCAACGGCGGCGUGGCCGGGCUGGUGGGGGUCGCCUGCGUGUUUCCGAUGGACCUGGCCAAGACGCGGCUGCAGAGCCAGCAGGGACCGGCCCAGUACUCGGGAAUGCCGGACUGUCUGGGAAAGACGGCUCAAGCCAAGGGCUUCUUUGGCAUGUACCGAGGGGCGGCGGUGAACUUGACCCUGGUGACCCCGGAGAAAGCCAUCAAGCUGGCCGCCAAUGACUUCUUCCGACAGCUGCUCCUGCCAGCCGGCGGGAAGGAGCCGACGCUGGCGAAGGAGAUGCUGGCGGGGUGCGGGGCCGGGGCUUGCCAGGUGCUGGUGACCUCUCCCAUGGAGAUGCUGAAGAUCCAGCUGCAGGACGCCGGGCGGCUGGUAUACCAGACAAAUUCCGUGCCCACAGCCAGCCUAAGGACCGUCGCCCGGGAGUUGCUCAGCAGCCGGGGCACGGCCGGGCUCUACAAGGGGCUGGGAGCCACCCGCUCCGGUGGGGACAUCCCAUUCUCCGUCAUCUACUUCCCGCUGUUCGCCCACCUCAACGGGCUGGGGAUGGGCCAAGCCGGCGGCAAAGCCCCCUUCCUGCACUCGUUCGCCUCGGGCUGCGCGGCGGGCUGCGUGGCGGCGGUGGCCGUGACGCCCCUGGACGUCCUGAAAACCCGCAUCCAGACCCUGCGGAAAGGCCCGGGCGAGGAGUCGUACAGCGGCCUCGUCGACUGUGCCAGGAAAAUGUGGGUGCGGGAGGGCCCCUCGGCCUUCAUGAAGGGGGCAGGCUGCCGUGCCCUGGUCAUCGCCCCGCUCUUCGGCAUCGCCCAGGGCGUCUACUUCAUCAGCUUUGGAGAAAUGGUCUUGGGUGUCUUCCAGUAG